CUGCCGCACGGCAGUGGCGAACUCCGCGUACGAGCAGACGCGUCUCGGCUUUCUCUCUCUGGGAGGGAGACUAGUCGCAUUUGCGGGAGAAUCUAUACCGCAGAAGGAAGACCAAGAGAGAAAGAAAUCGAAUGAAAAAAGUCCCUCAUUGCCAGUCGAAAGAAAUAAUUGUCGUUAAACCGUACGUCGAAUGGUAACUGACGGAAUAAUAAACCUACUCUUGCCGAGCGCCGCGCCGGGAUGCUGGAGCGAAUCCAUUGAGACACCCCAUCGUGAAUGACGUAGCAGCCCGGAGAAAACUCUCCCUGGCCUCGAAUUCACCGCAGGAUCCAAGGGUCAGGGUCAGCAGCCCGGCUCCUCCGAGGGAAAAUAGGUCACCCGGGCAAACCCCACCUACUUUUGGGGUCGGCACAGUUUCACCACUAACAACAACACACAUCGACACGUCGUGAUAGACGAUGUGCGAAUUAGCGAGAUCAUCUACCUGCAGAUUUGGCCGAUGCUUCCUGGCUGCGACAAUAAGCUAGACUUUGCCAAGCCACGGAGUCCUUACGUUCAGAACGACCUCGUCCAGGGGACGCUUUUUUGAGACUUUAAACCCUCACCGAAAAACUUGAUCGAAGAUGGUUGAUCUCGGGGAUACUGGAACCAGGGGUGGCAGAUGGGUUUGUCCAAACGACAGGCAUCUCGCCCUAAGAGCAAAGUUGCGUACCGGAUGGUCCGUGAAGACAGGGUCACUGGAUUACAGAAGCGACUAUCCUUCCGGGUCACAAGUUGCACUUACGGAGGAGGAACGCUGUACCAUUAUAGAGGUUAUUCGUAGAGCGGAAGCGCUGGAUUUAUCGGAACAGGAGCGAGUGGGAAGAUUGGUCGACAGGCUGGAGAACAUGAAACGUAAUUGCGUGAGUGCCGGAAACUUGUCUGGAAGUGCAGACACGUCGCACAGUCGAUAUUCUUGCGCAUUAUGCGGUGAGAAAUUUACUGUUCUUGGAGCUGGUCCGGCGAUCUGCAAGGACUGCCGUAAGCACAUUUGCCAGAAAUGUGGUAUCGAAGCAACGAUGGUGUCGUGCGGGGCACAGAUUGGUUUUUCUCAAAAUUCCCAACGACCCAGGCUAUUCCUCUGCCGAAUCUGCUCGGAAACCAGAGAAAUGUGGAAAAAAAGUGGCGCCUGGUUUUUCAAAGGACUUCCAAAAUACGUUCUACCCGAUAAAAAACUCGAACGCGGCAGGCCAAGGCGCACUUCGAGAGCAUCCUCGUGGGCUGUUGUCAACAACUUGAGGUCUCUGGAGUCUCUGGAGCCAGAUUCAUCCUCUGACGAAGACGCGGGUCGUCGCUUGGCGAUGAGCCGUUCGCUUGGAACCCACGAGGCUUCAUCGCCAACGCCGACUUUGGCUGAGGAGAAGAACAAUCGAUCCUCAACGCCGGUUUUCGCGCCAAGAAGCGACGCCUAUAGCCGCCAGAAUUCCGGAAACGCUGGGGAUUACAGUAACGGCCUUAGAUCGGCUUCUGCUACUGAUGUCGGUCAGAGUCAAUUUUCCUUCACUGCAUCUGUGCAACCGCUUCCCUCACCACGAGCUUCAGGUCAUGGAAUACAGGGUCGGAACUCUGGACAAGGAUUUCAGUCUCAGUUUAUGAACGAGCAUCGUCAGGCGUCCUCGGACCAACUUAACAGCAAUCAGGUACACAGCUUCAGGAAAGACUCCAUAGAGUCGAGCAGCAGCCAGGGACUUAUGAUGUUGGAUCAAAAUCAGAGUCACAGUCUACUCCAUUAUCACGAAAUGGAUCCGGAGAUCCUGGUCGUGAACAACGAGGGUCCGAUCAACAAUCAGAACCAUUACGAGGCGCUGCAACAAAUAGUUCGGGGACUAGCUGCGUCAGCGGGGGACGGAUAUGGGACACUGGAAGUCUCACUGCUAUACGACCCCGUGGCACAGUACCUCCAGUGCAGAGUGCAGCGUGCUCGAGGCCUCCGUCCCAUGGACAUCCACGGCCUGACAGAUUCGUUUUGCAAGCUCAAUAUCCUCCCAAUUGCGAUCGGGAGCCCGUCCCAGCGACUCAGGACAAAAACUGUUCACAAGACCCGGGACCCGGAGUACAACGAGACAGUAACCUUCUACGGUAUCACGGAGACAGACAUGAAAAAUGGCAGAGCACUUCACAUAUUAGUACUUCAAGACGAUCGAGCGGGCAAGGAUUUCCUAGGAGAAGCCAAGCUGCCGCUCUGUCAGCUUCAACCGUAUCGAACGAUCCACUACAAUGUUUAUCUGGAGAAUCAUUGCCAGGUGGAUCACGAAGAGGAAGUUUGGGGCGAGGAUCUGAGUCCAAGGGGUCAAAUUCUGGUAACUCUGAGCUACAACACUCGCCGACGCGCUCUUUUGGUCAGCAUUUUGCGCGCUGCCAAUCUGCCGGCAAUGGACAGCAACGGGUUCUCUGACCCCUUCGUGAAGCUGUACCUGAUAAAGCGGCCGGAAGACAACUCGCAGCAAACGAGCGGGUCCUUCUCCAACGUCCACGAGAACAAAAAGAAGGAAUCUCGGAAACCAACUUCUGCAAUUUACACCACAGGAAUCAAAUGGAAGACCCUAAACCCAGAGUGGAACGAAGAGUUCGUUUUCGAGACACGGCUCACGGACCUCACCAGUCAGAUGUUGUGUCUCUCCGUUUGGGACAAGGACCUCGGAAAGAGCAACGAUUACCUGGGAGGUCUCAUGCUGAGCUGCAGCAGCAAAGGAGAACGUCUGAGACAUUGGAUAGACGCAAUCAAAUUCCCGGACCAUCGUCAUCAAGCGUGGCACAGUCUGCAAGAGGAUCCCAUCCCAACAGAAUGAGUAGUCAUUAUAAAACGUGAGCUAGUGAAUUGUUACGACAUGCACUAUAACACCACAAGCGUCAGGUUGUCGCGACAACAUGUCACAAUAUAAUAUUGUAAGACUCGUGAGUAUGAAUAUUCCGUGCCAAAGUGGUCUGUUUACCCUGCAAGCGACGUAAAGCAAAGUUUCUCCAAUGCAAAAUGAGGAUUUAAUUAAAAUCAUUUAAAAUCUCUGUUGGUAAGUAAAUAAACUGGCGAUGGGCAUUUUGUAUAAAAAAAUAAAGUAUAAUUAAUAAAUAGGUAUAAAUGUUUGCCGAAAACGUAUAAACCGUGAUGCGCGUGUAAUAAGUGAUAGAAGUCAAAAUAUAAUUGAAUUUUUUUUUUCAAUUUUUUGUGUCACGUCAAUGUAGCUAGGGAUUGCCAAUUUCUGAUUUAUAAAAAGUUGAAUGAUGAUGAAGUUUAGUGCAAUAUUAAUCUUUACUAUGAGAUAUUCUAAUCGAAUAAAAAGUCAUUAAAUAGUUCGCUAGAUUGUAGUGUGAAUUUUUUGAAUCAUAAAAGAUGAAUUUGAAGGCAA